GGGCGGGCGGGUAUUUGUGAUUGGCGUGUACAACCCCAAGAGCGUCGCCGUCGCCGUCGUCGUCAUCGUGUUCCAUCUUCGGAGGCUGUUGAAGAAGGAACGUUUUAUUCAUUUCCUGUUCCAUUCCCACCACGAGGCGGGCAUCUCAAACAUAUUGAAAGGUCAUUGUCGGCUUUAGUCUCAAGGUCCGCAACUUGCGUCGUUCCCUUAAGUCGUUCCAGACUUCCUCCGACAACUAGAGGGACCUAGUACUGCUCUCGUCUCGAGAGCUUUUGAAGCCACCUUUCCUUUAUCUCCAUUAAUUUCACAUCGUGUUCAACACUUGAUGACAAUAAGUGUUGCCUCUCCCAGUCUCCUUGAUCAGAGAAUGGAAAGAACUUACCAAGGGGUCCACUUAAGAAGAAGACUCUGUUCCAGUCUGUGCUCGUUUCACCAACGUGUGUGCAAAAGAAACAAGUCUUGAUGAAUUUCCCUCCCCACUGACUGACGACCGGAAGACCCUGUGACUCCACCGGCCUUUCUGCUUCUGUUGGCGCUUCAUAUCCCUUCAGUCAGUCACGAUCGAUGUCGAUCAUACGACGCAAUCCCUCGACGGUGUGCCAAAUCUAACUACGUACGAAGGCUUUUGAAGUCAAGAGAAUCCUUUCAAGUUCAUCAUCUUUCAUAACGGAUCCGCCAGUUCUCCAGCGAUCGUUACCAAGGCCAAGUUCAUGAGCGCUUGUGUGGAACCCACUCCUUUUUCUUUUGGUUUGAUUUCCUUAUUUUCGUCGGCUCUCUCCUCGUCCACCAUCUCUUCGGCUCUCCUCAUUUCCAGUUUCUCGUCCAUCGUAUCUUGCCCCCCUUGUUUGUCUUUGAAAACUGCUUUCGCGUGCCCCUCAUCAGAGUCGGAUUCCUCCUCCUCCUCCUCCUCAUUAUUAUCAACACCAUCAUCAACAUCUCUUUCCUCCUCCUUCUCCAAGUGUUCGUCCGGUCGUUCCAUCAUCACCACCACCACCACCACUCGUACUUUUUCGACAACAGAUCGUCUCGAUCUUCACCGCCAGUUUGAAAAUGAAGCUCCUCACUGAUCUAGAGACAGUCAUGCAGCGAGAACAGAACAAAACCAAGAUUUGGAAGCUCGUGCUCACGGGUGGACCGUGCGGUGGCAAGACCACGGGUCAAUCCCGAAUCUCUACCUUCUUCGAGAAUCUGGGAUGGAAGGUCUACCGAGUCCCCGAAACUGCCACCGUGCUCAUUUCUGGAGGAGUCAACUUUGCCGAUCUCAGUCCGGAAGCGGCGGAAAAGUUUCAGGAAAACUUGCUGAAGACCAUGAUCCAAAUGGAAGACACCUACUUCGACUUGGCCAAUGCUGUGGCGGACCGAAACGUGCUUGUGAUUUGUGAUCGGGGCACCAUGGAUGCCUCAGCUUUUAUCUCCCGGGAACAAUGGGAACGCAUCUUAGCCCGACUGGGUCUCGAUGAGGUCGAAAUGCGAGACAAUCGCUACAACCAGGUGAUCCAUAUGGUGACGGCUGCCAAGGGAGCGGAACAGUUUUACACGGUGGAACAUCAUGCUGCCCGAAGCGAAGGGUUAGAUGAAGCUCGAGAGCGUGAUACCCGAGCUGCCGAAGCAUGGGUGGGACAUCCAUAUGUGGAUAUUGUGGAUAACUCGUCGGAUUUUGAAACAAAAAUCAACAACCUCAUUACGCGAGUGGCAUGGAGUAUGGGCUUGGAUGUGGGAGACAGAUUGAGAUCUGGUGCUAAGAAAGUCAAGUUCGUGGUGAAUGGUCCCCUUCCUGGCGACCAUGCCUUUCCCAGUUUUCGAGAUUUCACGGUCCACCACCAUUACCUCCAGACCAACUCGAGGAUGAUGCAAUCCCGACUCCGGAAACGCGGUCGCAAGGGGAAAUGGAGCUACACGCAUACCAUCCGGAAGCAAGUCUCAGGCCAAAUGAUCGAAGUCAAGAUCCCCCUGACUCACCGUGACUACAGCACGCUUUUGUCUCAGGAGGACUCGAACCAUUUCCCCGUGUACAAGACCAGGCGGUGUUUCUUGUUCCAGAAUCAGUACUUUCAAAUGGAUAUCUACAAAGAACCCUGUCACGGAAGGUGUAAGGGCCUGAUGCUCCUGGAAACUUACACAACCUUGACUGGUGAGGACCUCUUGAAGCGGUUGCCUCCUUUCCUCAAUUUAGGCAAUAAUGUGACUGGGGACUCGGCCUUCUCGAUGUUCAAUUUGUCCCUCCGAGAUGAUUGGGCCAAUAACAAGAAGUUCUGUCAUCGAUUGUCAGAUGACGAGGAUGAGGAUGAAGACGUCAAAAGAGUGACCAAACAGGCCCAGAAUCGAUUAGACGCCAGCAUGUCCCGACAAUCCAGUCCCAAUGGUAGUCAACUCCUUACUCCCGAAGGAGAAUAGAAGAAGUAGAGGAAGAAAAGAUCAUUGAAUUCAUCCAAAAAAUCAAUCCCAGAGAAAGUGACAACCGUUUAUACACAACCCCUUGAUUCACGUUUUCCCUCCUUUCCCGUCCCGCCCCCUUCUCACACUAUGUAAAGGCGAAUGCAAUCUCAAAGAGGCAAAGCACGCCCUCCUCAUCUGCUACAAUCCUUGCGCUUGAUGAUCAAGACAUCAAUUCCUUAUCAUAUACAUAUAUAAUCAAUGUUAUAUAAACCUCCAUGUCACCAGGCUACCUGUAGUGGAAUGAGAACAAUUUCCCUGUAGGCGUUACCAUUGAUUUCUCUUGGGUGCAUUUUCAUGUACGUUCAUACCUUUGCCUUCCCCUAAUGGGGCAAAGAAACAAUAUGUUAAAUUUUAGGCCUCGCGGAUCCAUGUCAUCUUUUUUUCACGUCUUCUACCCACCAUUUUUUUGACUCAAUAAAAAUGCACUUUGUAGUCCUUUUCCAGGAAAGAAAUUGGACGAUUGGAAUGCAUUGAUGUCGCAAUCUAGACCAUGAAAUACAUUUCAAUCACUUUAUAAAUAA